AUGAGUGCAUCGGAGGACUCGCAAGCAGCAUACACACGCCUGAGAGACCUUCUUCGUGGCCUUGUCUAUGUGCCGGCGGCUAUCACGACCCUUCCUGAUGCGAUAAAACAGGUCAAGAAGAUCCUGCGCAUCGGGAAGCCCUUCGAGCCUCUGCUGGUGAAUCCCUUCACAAGAGCGGGCGACGUUCCUCGUAUCUCGUCAGUACUGGAGAUACGGAACGUGCUUGAUGUGUUCGAUGCGCUCGAGCCCGUCACCAAACUGGAUGACAGCCUCACCGCUGCGCUCUCCGACAGCAUCACCGCCUCCUUACAGAAGUAUAGCGCCCCAAUUGCCGACUGGCUGGAGUAUAUCCUCCCAAGCCGCGGCUAUGUCAGGCUUCAGCCUAUGGACUACGCUCUGGUUCUCCCUCCUAUCGGCCGAAUUCUUGUCGUCCUUUUUCACUAUAAAUCUACGGUCUCGAAAGCGCUCUCCGAGCUCCCACACCUGUACAUGACCCUUUUCAGGCUUUGGUUCCACCUGGAACCCUCUCUUGCCUGUUUGCCGCAGGAACAUGCGAGAGAUCUUUACCGAUGCACAGAGUUCGCCAUGCGUAAUGCUGUUCGUUCGCCGCAAUAUUUGCAGAGCUCUGUGUCAAACCCUCUGGAUAUUCAGGCGACUGACUGCGCGCUCGCGGUUGUCAAACACCACCCUCGCCGAUUCUACAAAUAUGCAGUCCGAUGUAUACCACGGCUGAUCGAGUCGUGCAUCGAGCAGAAUUUUGUAGAGGCCCGCCUUAACACCAUCAUGCUCUACGCCGCGGGCGCUCUGAAGCCGCAGGCAUAUCCGCGCGACGUCGUCAUCAGCAUUACCGAAGUCUUACGAGCCCAACAGGAGGCGCCUGGCGGGCAUGUCGCUGCCGUCUAUGCGUUCCAGAUCCUGUUCGCUAUAUGGGUCAUCUCGGAGCGCCUUCUAGCGGAUCUUGCGCGGCUCGACUCGAUGCCCCCACCCCCAUUCAAGCCCGAGUUCUACAGGGUCGACAUCGACUUCGAGGACAUCAUGCCUUGUCACCAGAUAUCCGCUCAUCCGCCAGAUCUGCACCAGUUCGCUGAGCUAUAA